AGCUAGAUCUAAUCCAAAAGACAAUCUCCCUUAAUCCGCGCCUGUUGGACUGGUUACUUUGGUCUUUGGCAGCUUCUGAGGUGAUCAACUGCAAUUUUCGGCUUCGUAUCACGUGAGAAAGCGGUAUCAGUGACUGCGUUGAAGGCAAGGACUCUUCCACGCCAGCCAACCAACAGGCAUCAUGCAAAUCUUCGUUAAAACGUUAACCGGGAAAACGAUCACGCUUGAUGUUGUGCCUACAGAGACGGUACUAGAUAUAAAGAGUAAGAUUGAAGAGCGCGAAGGCAUCGAUCCGGAUCAGCAACGGAUUAUCUUCGCCGGAAAGCAGCUGGAGAAUGGUCGUAUCAUAUCCGACUACAACAUCCAGCAUGGAUCAACGAUGCAUUUGGUACUCCGGUUGAAAGGUGGCAUGCAGAUCUUCGUGCGAAUGCUUACGGGCAAAACGAUAGCAAUCGACACGGAACCGGAAGCAACGGUCGAAAGUGUGAAGAAACAGAUCGAUGAACGUGAAGAGAUCCCUCCGAAUCAGCAGCGCAUGAUCUUCGCGGGCAAGCAACUGGAGGAUGGCCGCACCUUGGAGGAAUACAGCAUCAUUAAGGGAUCUACGAUUCAUCUGGUCCUGCGUCUCAAGGGUGGCAUGCAGAUCUUCGUCAAGAUGUUGACCGGCAAGACCAUUGCGGUGGACACGGAAUCGGAAGCUACGAUCGAAAGUGUGAAGAAGCAAAUCGAUGAGCGAGAGGAAAUUCCCCCCAAUCAGCAGCGUAUGAUCUUCGCGGGCAAACAAUUGGAGGACGGACGCACGCUGGAAGAAUACAGCAUCAUCAAAGGUUCUACCAUUCACCUUGUUUUGCGACUGAAAGGCGGUAUGCAGAUUUUCGUGAAGACCCUGACGGGAAAGACCAUCACUCUGGAGGUUGAGCCAUCCGAUACGAUUGAGAACGUGAAGGCUAAGAUUCAGGAUAAGGAAGGCAUCCCUCCAGAUCAGCAGCGUCUUAUCUUCGCUGGAAAGCAGCUGGAGGAUGGUCGUACUCUGUCCGACUACAACAUCCAAAAGGAAUCGACUCUCCAUCUGGUGCUCCGUCUUCGUGGAGGAAUGCAGAUUUUCGUAAAGACCCUGACAGGAAAGACCAUCACUCUGGAGGUCGAGCCAUCCGAUACGAUUGAGAACGUGAAGGCUAAGAUUCAGGAUAAGGAAGGCAUCCCUCCAGAUCAGCAGCGUCUCAUCUUCGCUGGAAAGCAACUGGAGGAUGGUCGUACGCUGUCCGACUACAACAUCCAAAAGGAAUCGACUCUCCAUCUGGUGCUCCGUCUUCGUGGUGGAAUGCAGAUUUUCGUGAAGACCCUGACAGGAAAGACCAUCACUCUGGAGGUCGAGCCAUCCGAUACGAUUGAGAACGUGAAGGCUAAGAUUCAGGAUAAGGAAGGCAUCCCUCCAGAUCAGCAGCGUCUCAUCUUCGCUGGAAAGCAACUGGAGGAUGGUCGUACUCUGUCCGACUACAACAUCCAAAAGGAAUCGACUCUCCAUCUGGUGCUCCGUCUCCGUGGUGGAAUGCAGAUUUUCGUGAAGACCCUGACAGGAAAGACCAUCACUCUGGAGGUCGAGCCAUCCGAUACGAUUGAGAACGUGAAGGCUAAGAUUCAGGAUAAGGAAGGCAUCCCUCCAGAUCAGCAGCGUCUUAUCUUCGCUGGAAAGCAACUGGAGGAUGGUCGUACUCUGUCCGACUACAACAUCCAAAAGGAAUCGACUCUCCAUCUGGUGCUCCGUCUCCGUGGUGGAAUGCAGAUUUUCGUGAAGACCCUGACAGGAAAGACCAUCACUCUGGAGGUCGAGCCAUCCGAUACGAUUGAGAACGUGAAGGCUAAGAUUCAGGAUAAGGAAGGCAUCCCUCCAGAUCAGCAGCGUCUCAUCUUCGCUGGAAAGCAACUGGAGGAUGGUCGUACUCUGUCCGACUACAACAUCCAAAAGGAAUCGACUCUCCAUCUGGUGCUCCGUCUCCGUGGUGGAAUGCAGAUUUUCGUGAAGACCCUGACAGGAAAGACCAUCACUCUGGAGGUCGAGCCAUCCGAUACGAUUGAGAACGUGAAGGCUAAGAUUCAGGAUAAGGAAGGCAUCCCUCCAGAUCAGCAGCGUCUUAUCUUCGCUGGAAAGCAACUGGAGGAUGGUCGUACGCUGUCCGACUACAACAUCCAAAAGGAAUCGACUCUCCAUCUGGUGCUCCGUCUUCGUGGUGGAAUGCAGAUUUUCGUGAAGACCCUGACGGGAAAGACCAUCACUCUGGAGGUCGAGCCAUCCGAUACGAUUGAGAACGUGAAGGCUAAGAUUCAGGAUAAGGAAGGCAUCCCUCCAGAUCAGCAGCGUCUCAUCUUCGCUGGAAAGCAACUGGAGGAUGGUCGUACUCUGUCCGACUACAACAUCCAAAAGGAAUCGACUCUCCAUCUGGUGCUCCGUCUCCGUGGUGGAAUGCAGAUUUUCGUGAAGACCCUGACAGGAAAGACCAUCACUCUGGAGGUCGAGCCAUCCGAUACGAUUGAGAACGUGAAGGCUAAGAUUCAGGAUAAGGAAGGCAUCCCUCCAGAUCAGCAGCGUCUUAUCUUCGCUGGAAAGCAACUGGAGGAUGGUCGUACUCUGUCCGACUACAACAUCCAAAAGGAAUCGACUCUCCAUCUGGUGCUCCGUCUCCGUGGUGGAAUGCAGAUUUUCGUGAAGACCCUGACAGGAAAGACCAUCACUCUGGAGGUCGAGCCAUCCGAUACGAUUGAGAACGUGAAGGCUAAGAUUCAGGAUAAGGAAGGCAUCCCUCCAGAUCAGCAGCGUCUUAUCUUCGCUGGAAAGCAACUGGAGGAUGGUCGUACGCUGUCCGACUACAACAUCCAAAAGGAAUCGACUCUCCAUCUGGUGCUCCGUCUUCGUGGUGGAAUGCAGAUUUUCGUGAAGACCCUGACGGGAAAGACCAUCACUCUGGAGGUCGAGCCAUCCGAUACGAUUGAGAACGUGAAGGCUAAGAUUCAGGAUAAGGAAGGCAUCCCUCCAGAUCAGCAGCGUCUCAUCUUCGCUGGAAAGCAACUGGAGGAUGGUCGUACUCUGUCCGACUACAACAUCCAAAAGGAAUCGACUCUCCAUCUGGUGCUCCGUCUCCGUGGUGGAAUGCAGAUUUUCGUGAAGACCCUGACAGGAAAGACCAUCACUCUGGAGGUCGAGCCAUCCGAUACGAUUGAGAACGUGAAGGCUAAGAUUCAGGAUAAGGAAGGCAUCCCUCCAGAUCAGCAGCGUCUCAUCUUCGCUGGAAAGCAACUGGAGGAUGGUCGUACUCUGUCCGACUACAACAUCCAAAAGGAAUCGACUCUCCAUCUGGUGCUCCGUCUCCGUGGUGGAAUGCAGAUUUUCGUGAAGACCCUGACAGGAAAGACCAUCACUCUGGAGGUCGAGCCAUCCGAUACGAUUGAGAACGUGAAGGCUAAGAUUCAGGAUAAGGAAGGCAUCCCUCCAGAUCAGCAGCGUCUUAUCUUCGCUGGAAAGCAACUGGAGGAUGGUCGUACGCUGUCCGACUACAACAUCCAAAAGGAAUCGACUCUCCAUCUGGUGCUCCGUCUUCGUGGUGGAAUGCAGAUUUUCGUGAAGACCCUGACGGGAAAGACCAUCACUCUGGAGGUCGAGCCAUCCGAUACGAUUGAGAACGUGAAGGCUAAGAUUCAGGAUAAGGAAGGCAUCCCUCCAGAUCAGCAGCGUCUCAUCUUCGCUGGAAAGCAACUGGAGGAUGGUCGUACUCUGUCCGACUACAACAUCCAAAAGGAAUCGACUCUCCAUCUGGUGCUCCGUCUCCGUGGUGGAAUGCAGAUUUUCGUGAAGACCCUGACAGGAAAGACCAUCACUCUGGAGGUCGAGCCAUCCGAUACGAUUGAGAACGUGAAGGCUAAGAUUCAGGAUAAGGAAGGCAUCCCUCCAGAUCAGCAGCGUCUUAUCUUCGCUGGAAGCAACUGGAGGAUGGUCGUACUCUGUCCGACUACAACAUCCAAAAGGAAUCGACUCUCCAUCUGGUGCUCCGUCUUCGUGGGGGAGUGUAUUAACUUGAAUAAAAUGAGAUUUCUCUGAUUUA